AUGGCUGGGACAAACAAGCUUGGUCGCGACAGGAUUCGCAACAUCCUCCCGGACAUCUACCUGGGAAGAUGGCCAACAGGACGGCUCAACUCCAUCACGGACGUCCCCGGCGUCCUUGUGCAUACACAGUCGAUUGAGCCGGAUUCCGAUGUUCACACCGGCGUCACCACCAUAUUGCCGCGCGAGGACUGGCACAAAUUCUCCAGUUUUGCUGGGCUUUUCCGCUUCAAUGGGUGUGGCGAGAUGACUGGGUCGCACUGGCUGAACGAAACUGGCCUGCUUUGCUCACCCAUCAUCAUCACGGCAACAUCCUCUGUUGGCGAAGGCUACCGCGGAGUAACCGAGUAUGUCUAUCGCCACCAUCGCCAACAAGGCGGGGAAGUAGACCUCUUCUUGCUGCCCGUGAUAGCGGAAACUUACGACGGGUUCCUGAGCGACCCGGCGCGGUUUGCCGUCACCCCCGAGCACGUCAUCAAGGGAAUCCAAAGCGCCACAGCUGAUGCCGUACCCGAGGGGAACACCGGCGGCGGCACGGGCAUGAUUUGCCAUCGCUUCAAGGGAGGCACGGGGUCGAGCAGCCGCAUCGUCAAGGGCUACAGCUCUGAUGGGAAAGAGGUCGAUUAUACGGUUGGCGUCCUCGUCCAGGCCAACUACGGACUAGCCGAGACCCUUUGCAUCGACGGCGUUCCCGUUGGGCGCAUCCUUCAAAGAGAGGGCAAGCUGUCUGCGAAGCCGGCGGAUGUCGACGCACCGGAACCACGCAAGGACGGCAGCAUCAUCAUCAUAGUGUCCACAGACGCGCCUCUCAUCCCAAUCCAGCUGCAAAGGCUUGCUACCCGCGCGACUGUUGGUCUUGGCAAGGUCGGAGGCUAUGGAAACAACAACUCGGGAGACAUCUUUCUUGCCUUUUCAACGGCAAACAAGGUUCCGUUUGGCGAUGUUUCCUUGCAAUCAAGGCCCGGGUUCAACGACUUCACGCCGGCUGAGCGGGUCGUUCGCAUGUCGGACAACGACACCAUGAACGGGCUGUUUGAGGCUGCUGCAGAUGCAACCGAGGAGGCUAUUUACAAUGCCAUGUUCAUGGCGGAGUCGAUGACGGGGUACAAGGGCAGACACGUGCCGGCAUUGGAUCUGGAUGAUGUAAAGAGAAUUGUAGAGAAAAAGCUGUGA